AUGCUUAGACGAAUGAGUGAUAAUGAAGUCCCAAGUACUGCCUACAAAUCCCAGUUGUCAGGUGCAUCACUUGGAGAGAAGAAGAUAACAUUUGAGAAGAAAUCCUCGUGUGGCUACUUUCAUGAAAAGCUGUUAGAAAGCUACCCAAAACUAAAGGAAGGAGGGGGUUACGAGCUGAUGCGUACAAAGUUCAGAUCAACCAGCAAAUUGGAAAUUUUGCAACCUAAAGGGAAUGGUGGGCAUAAUGUGUUAGACCUUAAAGAAAUGGUGUCAUCAGCUAAAAUCUAUGUUCGACCCCUUCAAAAAGAUUUAAGUCUUGAGCAAACAGGACAGCCAUCAUUGGUGAGUUCUCUACUCAUUAUGACCAGUUUUCUUCUUUACCACAAUAUUCUGACCAAUGUACUUCUUUUGAUACAUUGACAUUAAGCUUGGCAGUGAGGGUUAGAGUGUGUUUAUGUCUUCUACUUUUACUAAAUGCCUUUCUAUCAAGAUGGAUGUUACUGUUAAUUUGUUUACUUUUUUAUGUUAUUGUUUAUUACUGUUUUGAAAGUUCUUGAGCACAUCUUGUUAUAGUGGAAGAGCUUACAUGUAUGUGUCACUCUGCCAUUUAGCUGCCUCCUCAGGCUUGCUCUGGGCUUGUCCCCAGUUUUCCCUGAAAAGCACUUUUUUUUCAAUUUUUCACCAGAGCGAGUGUGAGUGACUUGUGACAAGGCAUUUGGAACUACUGUUGAAUUGUUGUUUAUUAGUAAACAGAACAGGCUAAGAUACACUAUGGUCAUCUGUGUUUGUAUUAGUCUUUUGACACUGGCCCAUUGGAGAUGUGUGUGAAGUGUGGGAUCAAGAUUCAGCUUUCAAGAAUGAGGCAGCACAUGCAAGAUUGUGGUGGUGGAUCAAGUUCAAGUGCAAGUACAAGUAGUGAAAAUGACCCUGACAUGUUGGAUUUUAGUGGAUCAAGUAAAGUAACCACUGUUGUGAAUGAUGACUCAAGUGAUGAGGAUAAAGACCCUGUGCCCAUCAAGACAGGUACAUAAAAAGAACAGUGAAAUGCUGCAUAAAAGACAAGACCUGUGACACUAAAACCUACAACACUGGCUACAUUAUAAAAAGCAAACUGAGAAAAUAAAGUGUGGAGUGCAGUGUGGCUAGUUUUGCACAACUCUUCUUACUAGGGAAUUGUGUGCAUUGGUGUUUGAUGGUGAGCUGAAAUUUCUGACAAGACAUGACCUGUAAAUCUCUUCUAAUAAAGUGUAAAUUAUACACAGCUAGGUCUGUCCCUCCCCUGGAACAGAAAACAAUCAGUGUGAUGACUAUGGUGCAGUGGGCUAAUAAUUAUUUGUAGAAAUUGUCUCUUUUUCUUUUCAAUGUUUUCUUAUGCAUUAAAUUUGAUUUCUCUCACUGCACAAAUAUAAAAAUGUUUUACAUGAUGAUCCUGGGGAUGAAAACGAAAAGGUGCAAUGCAAAUGUUGCUUGGUUGUAAUCAUGCUUUAAAUAUCUUACAUUUUAAGAAUGGCAGGAAAAGAGUGCAAUCAGUCCCACUGCCCUUGCAGAUUUACAAGGAAUUUUUCCUGUUAAAUCAAGCUCUGACCUGCAGUCAGCUCUGGACAUCGGUGGUAGUCUUGAAGAAGCAAUAGAUCUACUUUUGGAAUCGGGUCAGUAUUAGGAACCCAUAACACCUUAUUUUGUUGUGAAUGUUUAUAAAAAUGUUUUUCCUUGAAGAGGAUGAAAUUUUAGUUGAAUUUCUUAUAAGCAGUCAAAAGCUUGCAACAUUUCAUCUCCUUUGUUUGUAAAAUAAUGGAGCUGUCAAAUUGAGGCCUAGUAGCAUUCAAACUUCACUGAAUGUUUUUUUCCUGACAUGCAGCUUCUUAAGUUGUUGCAUAACAUGCAACAUAAAUAUUUCUCCUAGAUUUAUAAUGGGUCUACUUGAUUGUACAGGUAUGCAAUCAAAAUUAUAUUUUACUGUUUGGGUCAUUAAUAUUUUGUCAUAUGAUUAAUUGUAAGGUUCAAAUGCUGGUGACAGGGAUAGUAGCUCUACUGAAACUGGUAAGCCCAAACUUCAGGUACCUUCAACCUUGAGAGAUUAUUAGAAUGAUAGACGACAUGUAUGGGUAAUAGACUCGUAAUAUCACUGUUUUCUUUUCUUCCAAGUCAAUAUAGUCAAUAGUAUUCACAUUUAUGUCAAUCAGAGAAGUUCCUUAAAAAAACACAACAACAAUGACCAAAAAUCAAGGAGGAUAAUUUAUUAGAAAAAGGGCAUUCAUUGGAAGGAUUGCCCAAAACGGAAUCAUUGCAGUGUGCAAUGUUAAUUCAAUAUACUAUUGACAGUUAUUGUACAAUUUGUCUCUUUCGUAGGCAAGCCAUCCAUUACCACACAUGCACCCACAGCUGUGGAAAUUAUGCAGUCCUACAGAUGCCAGACAGAGCAAGGCACAGCAUAUAUUGAUGUUAACAGAAUGCAGUUGUCUAUGCUCCGCCAGAUAAUGACAAUUUACAAGAACCCUCAAUUUAACUUAAAGAAACGUGUGAAUGUAAACUUCCACGGAGAGCAAGGUGCUGACUUGGGAGGCCCAACUAAAGAAUUCUUUCACAGUGCCAUUAGUUCCUUGAGUAAAGUUGAUCCUGUAUUCAAUAUGCAGUUGUUUGGUGGUCAAGAGGGACAUCUAAUCCCCUUUUAUGGAGUAGAUGCUGUUUCUUCAGGGUGUUUUCAAGUAGCAGGGAAACUUGUGGCAGAUAGUUUGAAGCAUGAUGGCCCAGGAUUGGUAGGCCUAUCUUCUGCUGUAGUUAAAUACCUUAACACUGGUUCCUUGGAGGAGGCUGCGACCCUUGUUACAAUGGAUGAUCUAACCGAUCUUGAGCUCAAGGGACUCCUGGAAGAAAAGGUUAGAUAGGCUACAAUAAAAGUUUUGUUGUUACAAUGCUUAAACUUAUGAAUCUUACUGUAACACUUGCCAUGUAUUAAGCAGCUUGCAAAAUCCAGAUCAAUAUCAGUUUCUGGGCAACUGUGCACCUACCCCUCCCCUAACCCAACAGCAACACUAACUUAUUAACUUAUUAUAACAUGUUCUCACACAACUUUCAAAUUUCCAUUGCCUCAGUUUCUAGAGAGGUAAUUACAAUAUUAAAAUUGGAAAACAUAGUGAUUCUACCCAAUUUUCUUUAAGACUGCCAAUUAUUACAUACUGUACCUAUUUCAAAACAUAUUAAGCCAAUACUGUGUACUUGUGUUGUUACUAAACAGAAUGAACAUUGCUUCACCAUGUCCUUUAGGUUUUAAAAGAACAGGCUAUGCAUCAGGUAGAUGAUGAAGCAAAAGAUAAGGUUGAGGAGUUGCUGGUCCGACAUGGACUAACAGAUGCAGUACCACUGAGUGAUGUUAACAAAGAGAAGGCUAUCAAGGAUCUCCUUGUUGCCGAAGUGUUGGUUACGAGAACAAUUGCCCUUGACUCAUUCUUCCGAGGUCUUAACACACUUGGACUGGGUGAUUUGCUUCGCAAGCAUCCCUCCAUAACUAAAUUUGUAUUUCCCUCAAUGGAAGAUGCUUCAGUUGACAUGGACAUACUGAAAAGCAAGUUACUUCAAGCACAUGCCAUCCAUGAAAUUGUUGGUGAAGCUCAAGCACAGGCGAGUAAUGUGCUUGCACUGUACUAUUCCCAUCUGAGGGUAAAAUCAUUCAGUUCUUUUGUUACAUUUGGAGUUAUGGUUUUGAGACUGAAUUCUAAUCACAAAUGCAGACAGCUGCUAGAUGCUAGAAUGUGAACAUGUGGAAUGUCAAAAUAAGUUUUUAGAAACAUGGACAAGUAUAUCAAGUGACAUGAUUCCCAUGGAAGCAGUGAAACCUCACCAUGUCUGCCUUUACACAUGUACUUGCCAUAUACAUGUAAAUAAGCAGUUUGCCUAAAAAAGUCCCUGGCAGUGUUUUGAACACCUAUAUGGCAUUUCUAAAUAGAAAAACGAAAUAGAAAUGGUCCACUAGUAAUGCCAUUGACAUUAAGUGAAAAGAGUCAUUUGUAUGUAGCAAUAUUGAUUGAAGUCAAUAUCCACCAUAUCUCAAAGUAAAAGGUUGGAGAGACAUGGCAACAAUUCAAUAUUAAUUUUCUUAUGCGCUUUGUUUUGGGGGUUAACCUUGCAGAUGAAAACACGGGAUACCCACUAAGUAACUCACUGGUGAUGUUCAUUACUGGCAGAACAGUUCUUGACCCACAAGAGGAUUUGGAAGUUGCAUUUUAG